AUGGACUCGUUGUCAGGGGGAGCACCACCCUCUUCCUCACAACCUCCUCCACCAUCAUCACAACCUGAAGGAUCAUCACCUGCACCACCACCACCACCACCACCACCACCAAGCCGAUACGAAUCACAGAAGCGUCGAGACUGGAACACGUUCUAUCAGUACUUGCAGAACCACAAGCCCCCAUUGACGUUAGCACGGUGCAGUGGAGCUCACGUCAUUGAAUUCUUGAAGUACUUGGACCAGUUUGGCAAAACCAAGGUCCACAUAGCCGGGUGUCCCCACUUCGGACACCCGAACCCUCCUGCACCCUGCGCUUGUCCUUUGAAGCAAGCUUGGGGCAGCCUUGACGCGCUCAUCGGCCGGCUUAGGGCCGCCUAUGAAGAAAACGGUGGUCGCCCUGAAUCCAAUCCGUUCGGCGCCAAGGCUGUCCGGAUUUACCUCAGAGAGGUGAAGGAGGGUCAGGGCAAGGCUAGAGGGAUCCCUUAUGAGAAGAAGAAACGAAAGAGGACCACCACGAAAAUUUCUUCUGUGAGUAACACUGGUGAUGAAAAUAACACUCUAAUUGUUUCUCUCACCACCAACAACGAUGGUGGUUUUGAUGGUAGUGCUGGUUUUAGUAAUUUAACUCCUUCAACAACUAGCACAACGAAUGUUACCACCACCACAAUAUAA